ACCGAGCAAGAUAGACUUUUGGACCGAGAUAGCGGGAAGGACGGGUUCGACUGAGCACAGCAGUUUUCGUUUGUGGCUGCACCGAACUUAGCGCCAGCUGUGUCCUUGGAGAAGGGGAGGCUUGGUUCGCUGAUAUCAGCGGGGUUGAGGCGGCCUGAGUGCUACAUACCAGAUCCGAAGACUCAAUAGUUUUAUUUCGCCAUGGCGAGGGGAUGCACCCUUGCCGUCGCGGUGGCGGCGCUCUCCGCCACCGCCUCCCCGGGAAAUGCCUUCCUGGCCCCGCCGGCGCUGCCUUCCUCCUCGGCGUCGUCGUGGUUCGCCCCCUCCCGGGCCGUUGCCGGCGGCGAGUCGCUGCCGCCGCAGCAGCAGCGAUCACCAGCGGGGGCGCUGCAGAUGGUCGCGCAGCCCCCCGUCAAGCCCCAGAAGCUGGACAAGAUCAACCUGCUGAAGCAGAACUCGGAGGCGUUGCGCGAGCCCGUGCGCAGCCAGAUGCAGACGGAGGAGAUAUCAAUCAGCCACGACGCGUACCAGAUCCUCAAGUUCCACGGGAGCUACAUGCAGGACGACCGCAGCCUCAGGAAGAAGGGGAAGGAGAAGGCCUACUCGUUCAUGCUCCGGCUCAAGAUGCCGGCCGGCGUGUGCUCCCCCGAGCUCUACACCCUGCUUGACGACCUCUCCCGAGAGUACGGGCACGGACACCUCAGGCUGACGACUCGACAGACGUUCCAGCUGCACGGUGUCGCCAAGCACAACCUCAAGACGGUCAUCAAGAGCAUCAUGCAGGUCGGGUCGAGCACGGUGGGAGGGUGCGGAGACGUGAACCGCAACAUCAUGUGCACUCCCGCGCCGAUCGUUAACCGCCCGGAAUACGUCUACGCGCGGCAGUACACGAAGAUCUUGGCGGAGCUCCUCCGCCCCCUGUCCUCGGCCUUCACGGAGCUGUGGCUGGACGGCGAGAAGGCGGCCACGGUGGAGUGGCGCGACGACGUGGACGAUGCCCUGAAGGGAGCGGACGUGGACCAGGAGAUGGUGAAGGACAACGGACGCGGGAUCGUGCUCAACCACCCGGUGGAGCCGCUGUACGGCGACAUCUACAUGCCUCGCAAGUUUAAGAUCGGGGUCACCGUGCCGGGAGACAACUCGAUCGACAUGUACACGAACGACAUCGGGCUCGUGGCCAUCGUCGACUCCAACGGAGAGCUCGAGGGAUUCAACGUGGCUGUGGGCGGGGGGAUGGGACGCACUCACGGGAAGGACACUACGUUCGCGCGGGCCGCGGACGACAUGGGCUUCGUCCCGAAGGAGGACAUCCUCGAACACUGCAAGCAUGGCGCGGAUGCAUUCCUAGUAAUAUGGUGUGCGAGCACUCUACCUCGGUGA